ACGCCCUUUCUGGGGAGCACCGACAGCUUCCUUUCCUCUGUCCACGUAACGCCAUUAUUCACGGUUUGCAGUGGAAUAUAUCCUCCGAACAAGUCUUUUUUUCUGAUACUCUGCGUGUUUUGAAGAGUUUGUAGGCUGGAACAAGUCAGAAGCAAAGACUUGACGAGCUUUAAAGCAUAUUUUGAGCCGCUCUGGUUCACGCUGGGCUUUUGUUAGUGAGACCGGACACAUGAUGAUAUUGUUGCUGUUGCUGGGCGCCUGUGUUAGUGUAGGCCUCUCAAUUAGCAUUGAUCAGUUAAACUAUGGGAAGACAUACAGGAUACCGCUGCGGGACAAGGUUUCUACCAUGGAGUUCACCCCCAAGGGCAGGUAUGUCAAGAGUGUCGUGUGGAAUCGUGGCUACCUCAUGAAGAACGAUAGGCGGAAGGUGAUUCGCGGUGAACUUGUGAUAAGUAAUCUUACACAAAAAGACAGUGGCAGCUACGUACAAAGAGACGUGAAUCGGGUGCUGCUGUCGACGGAUAACCUUGAGGUUGUAGCAUUCACUGAACACUAUUCACGUAGUGUUGGUCAGUCCCUGAAGAUCAUCUCUAGUCUGGACCCGGACUCCUGCAACAUUUACUUCUUCCCAGGAGGAAGCUAUGAGACUGAGAUUGUUCGCAAUGGCUGGCUUCAACAAGACAGUUCGGACUGCACUGGGUUUGAGUUUCUAAAGCCAUGUGGGAUUUUACAAGAGUACCUCCAAUCGUCAUGCCAUGGAUACUUUGAGAUCAGAGAUCAGGAUGACAAUAAGGUUUGGGUGGUUAAAGUGGACAUGGACCCUGAACCUUUUGAGCAAUCGUACCUCGGAAUUGGUGGCGGUGUUCUUAUUUCGGCGCUUUGCACCUGCUGCAUAAGGUGCUGCUGCUGUGGAAAAAGCUCCUCAGACAAGGAACGCUCUGAGGCUGCAGCUGAUGAAGACAAUAACGAUAAUGAAAAUGAACCGGCUGUGCGUGUCCAAGAGUACGAUCACGAGCCUACUGGAGCGAGGCAGAACCAACUCCAUGAGCCGUCUGGGAUGCAGCGCCCCGCUCAACCUUCUUAUGCCCCGACUGCCCCGCUGAUACACAAUCCUCCUUUUGACUUCUUGCCACCUGCUUAUUCUGAGAUACAGAAUCCUCUUACUGACUUUGUGCCACCUGCUUAUUCUGAGGCUAUAGCUUCGUCCGAGCCUCAACAUGCUGUAACCGUUCCUCUUUCUUCUGACUCUGGGCCGCGGUUUGAAGUGAGGGGGAUGGACUUUGACGCUGCUGCUCCUCUCGGUUCAGAUGCAACACAAAGUAACGUUUACAACUCAGACAAACUCAACUUCCUCUGAUAGCCUUGGUCUUUGCAAGGUACCCUCAAAGUUUCAAAGAUAUUCGGCAAUGUGACUUAUAAGGGAUAGUUUGACAUUUUGGGAAAUACGCUUAUUCAGCAGUAGCUGCCUGGAGAGGAUGCUGGUUGCCUGGCAACUGGUCCAAGCCAAGAAACAGUCCAACAUAUAACCACUAGUAAAAUAAUGUUUCUACACUUUGUAGUUUUAUCCAUUGAAGAAAUAUUUUAGUGACAAGCAGAGUUAUCUCUGUACAGAGCCAAGCUGUUUUCCUGUUUCUAGAGUUCAAUUUUAGUGAACUAGCUGCUGUAUCUUCAUUUUGGCCACACAGACCAAGAAAGUAUUUCCCAAAAUACUAAACUGCUUCUUUAACAUUUAUACAGUUUAAAAGACACAUCUCUCUUUUCUCCCACAUAUUGGUCAUUCCACAAUGUUCCGCAUAUGACGUGGUAAAAAACAAACAAACAAAAAACAACCCAAGAAUCAAAUGGAGAACAUUUUUUUACAUCUGUAUCUGUCCCAGUUUUUUUUUUUGUUUGUUUUACUACUAACUUUAGCUUUCAAAAGUUAAAUGUAUACCCAAAGAUCACAUGUUUAAAGCCAUCUAUUAACAAAAAAAACAAAACAAAAGCAUUUAUUCUAAUUGACAAUGCCAACGUUAUUUACAAUAAUUUCCUACCUCAUGAGUCUCAGUUAAAAAUAGGUCAAUAAGGUCAUCAGGCUACUAAGUGCAUAUUGUUAUUAUUCCUGUAGUAAUGCAUCAUUUAUUGCAGACCAGAUCGACUGUGAGAGUUCUCAAGGAAUGAACAAACAUAUCCUUUCUCUGCAAAGCCAUGUAUUCAAAAAACAUACUCAUUGUACUCGCUUUGGUCAAUUCAGCUUGUGUCUCAUAGAGCAGAUGUAAUAUUUGAAGCUUGUAUCAUACAGCUGAACGUGGAUUCUAAUGUACAUUUGAAUAAAUAUAUAGAUUAGUCAGGUAAAAUUCAAGCACUUUGUGCUGCUCAGGCAAGACACACACACACACACACACACACACACACACACACGACACUCCAAAAGUGUGAGACCACCUAUGAAAUGCACUUCUUUUUUUUACAUUUGUAUCAGAUUAUAUAAUAUCACCUCAGCAAUUUAAGUAAAAAGCUGAAUCUCUGAAUGAUGUUUGUUUGCAUCCCUGUUGCUUCAGUGACAGCAGCGCUCGAGCUGCAUGAACUCCAGGAGUUUGUGCAAAACCUGGUGACCUGUGUUGUCCCAGCGUGAUGUGAGACUCUUGUGAUGUUUUUGUGCAACCAUAAAUGUACAGUGGGGUUAAGAUCAGGUGACUGUAGAGGAAAGUCCAUGAGUGCAUGGUUCUUUAGAGCUCUCAGAUGGCUGAUCAUCCUGCAUCUCCACAAAGAUGUAAAGCAGAAGGCAAAGAAUGUCUCUGAAGAAUAGAGUGCUGCUUCUCCUUGAUCACGGUGGAGUUGAUUCAGUGCAGGUUUCACUGUGGCAUCAUUCUCUCUUCUCAACAGUGGUGGAAAGUACUACUUUUAUAACUUCACUGUACUGCGGUAUUUCCAAUUAAAAAUGAGGUCAUCUCGUGAAAAACGAAACGCACCUGCAUUCGCUGUUUUUCCGCUCAUAGAAAAGACUGUGUGUAGAAUACAUGGAACUCGCUUUCAUCUUGGACAGAUUUGACAUUAGAACGCCCUAGUUUAUUAUUUUUAAAGUCAUUUUUGGUAAAUUACAUUAUGAUUAGAACAUCCUUCAAAUGGAGAAAAUUUGCAUUCCUGGAAAUAGUUGUGCCUGAUAUGACUCAUAUUCUAAUUUCUGAUUUA